AUGGCUGCCGUCUCCUUCAAGUCAAUUCCACCCUCGCUACGGCCCGUGGUUCGAUCCUACCUUAUGGGCUACGGCGCUACUGUUGUGCCACAAAUACUGAGCUUGGUCUCGAAGCACGUUAAACUUUUGGGAAGAGCCAGGGAUGGCUCUUGCGAUGAACGCCAGUAUCAGAAGAAGUCUUUUCUGCGAAGUUUGGUCCGGAUCCUCAUGUCCGGCCUUUAUCCCCAGCGCUUACCUAUAUUUUGUGCCGUCCUGGCUGCAGGGCCCUCCUUCUUUCAGGCACCCGUCUAUAGUCUACUUAGUUCUUCAAUUACUCCUCUUACCACCAUCACUAAACUCAGGCUAUCACGAUGGCUCUCAGCGUUUAUAUCUGCAUGGGCCGGUCUGUGGCUGUUGCAGACUGCGCAGUGCCCAUCCUGCUGGGAGGAGCAGCCGGAGGCAGUGGAAGGCAACAACGUCACCAGAUUAGCUGGUAACACAAUUGACAUUACUCUCUUGACUGUUAGUCGAGCUGUUGAUGUCAUUGUCGGCGAAGCUUGGACUCGCCAUCAAGCCAGCCGCAAGGCGCGCGGAAAUUGGACAAAAGCUGAAUCCCUCAUCUCCUACAUGGCGGACCCCACAAUCUUUGCCGUCUCCUGUAGCUUGAUAAUGUGGUCCUGGUUCUUCCACCCGGAGCGCCUGCCUUCGCGGUAUAACAAAUGGAUCACAUCAGCCGCACAGGGCGACGAGCGAAUCAUCUAUACACUACGGCGACUGUACGACGGCUCUAUCGUCUAUGGAGAAAAACCUAUCGAUGGUGACGCCACCCUGGCUUCUGUAUGCAGAGACUACAACUUGCCAGAAGAGUAUGGUGACGCGACUAAGACAUGGCCUUUCCCAUGCGUCAUGUUCCAUACGGGCCACGGAACUACCUGCGAGGAACGAGCCAUUAGGCGUUUUAUAAAAUCCUGGCAGACGGCCAUGUUUACAUACUUGCCACUAGCGUUGGUCUUUCGUCUACGCCGCCGCCCUUCAAAAAAAGCGAUUCUUAGGUCAUUCUUCUCCGCAUCUCGGUCUUCAGCCUUCCUCGCCACCUACAUUACUCUAAGCUACUACGGCGUCUGCCUCGCCCGCAGCCGCAUCGGACCUCUUAUCGCUGGCCGGGAUAUCGCAGCAUGCCGACGCUUGGAUUCGGGUAUCGGUGUCGGAACCGCUUGCGCCCUCUGCGGCUGGAGCAUCUUCGUCGAAACAAAAGCCCGCCGCAAGGACAUGGCUCUUUUUGUAGCCCCCAAGGCACUGGGUACACUUAUCGCCAGACGAUACCCUGUCGAAAAGGAGUGGCGGGAGAGGCUUGCCUUUGCGUUUAGUGCAGCCGUCUUGUCGACUUGUAUUCGAGAAAAUCCAAAGCGAGUUCGCGGAUGGCUGGGUCGCUUAAUUGCGUACGCCAUUCGCGAAUAA